UUCUGCAUUUCUCUGUUCUGCACCUUCGUGUGAUGAUUCUGUUUACAUGCGCAGUCUGGUGGGUGUCUCCUCCGGGAUUCGUUACUUAAUUAACAGCCGCUCUUUAGCACCUAGCUACUAUUUCUAUAGCUAACACCCGAUUGUUUUCAUUGCUGUAGUCCGAUCGUCUUUCUCAGCGACAUAAAACAGAAGCACGCAAAUGUACCCAGCAGGGAAGUAUGAGAGCGGAAAGAGGAACAAACAUAUUUCCCAUAUCGACAUCCUCGAGAGGACAUGGCGAGCAGAACAAGUGAACUCCCGCGAGAAAUUACUGCUGGAGCGGCGGUUGGAAAUGAUUAGCAAACAGCAGAAAAUAGCCGUCAAGAGUAUCGAGAAAGAGAAGGCAAUGCUGGAAAGAGCUCUUGCUAGUAGCCAUCUGCGACGCUGGAAAUCGACGGAGAAUUGCUUAACAAACCCGAAUUGCUUAGCAAACCCGGACACAUCCCCAUCCUCUGAGAAUGCAGGCGCGUCAUCAUGUCAGACUCACACUCACGCCCUGACGACAAGACGCCUGUCUGAGCCGGUAGAGAGGCAUGUGAGACAUCUGUUGCCUCCACUAGACUCAAAACUGCGGCUCAGCAAGUCGGCUACUCAUCUCCACCAAAUGCAUGCUGAUUUAACGCACAGCAGGCUGCAAGUUCCGGGUGAGAGCAACACCAAUGUGGAGAUCAACGAGCUGUCGUUGAGACCAGAGUUUAGACGGCAUCUCUCGCCGAGUCCUUCGAGUACUAGUAGGAGACGCCUGAUGAAAUGCGAUCAGUCUGUGGGUGGGAGGGACGUCAAACUACUGUCUCCUCUACCGGAUCAUCAUGCAUUCAAAGCAGGAGGAAAGACAAACGCAGCGCUAGAGACAUUUCAAGAAAACGGGUUGCUUCCUCGAAUAACAGUUGCUGAGCCUAACAAUUAGAGGGAACUAAGCAGUAUGCUCUGAUGUGAUUUGAUCUAUGUAUAGAUCUGUUUGUUUGACUGUCAGUAUUACCUCUAACCCAACUUUCCAACUCUGUGUGUACAUACUCUAAUUAGAAAGAGAUAUUAAUUAAAAUGUUGUUAUGGUGUAUUAAAAAUGCUGUGGCAUA